AUGACGACGUGCCGUCUGCUGUGCGCCCUGCUGGUGCUCGCCCUCUGCUGCUGCCCGUCCGUGUGCGCGGCAGAGUCUACUCAGCAUACUGAUAUCAAAGCUCCUGUCGCUGCCAAUCCACAGUCCCCUCCAUCGGUGAUACCAUCACAGGGGACAAUUCAGCCAGGGUCACCAAGUAAUGGGUCCGAUGCGGAUCUGGGAAUUACUGCCGGAGCGGGACCAGCCUCGACCGCUGCAGGUCCGGAAUCAGUUAACGUGUCUAACACGUUACAAAAUCAUGGUCCGGACGGUACUCCAGGACGAGAAAUCGGCACAAGACAAUCCGCAGAAGAAGCAAGUCAGGAAGCCCAAGAUCCUGCCAUGACGACCACGACGACGACGACGACGACUACAACAUAUGCACCAACAACGAUAACAACCACUACAACAAAGGCUCCAACUACGACUACAGAGGCGCCAACUACGACGACCACCCGCGCAUCGUCACGUCUUCGUGAAAUUGACGGCAGCCUCAGCAGCUCUGCGUGGGUGUGUGCCCCGCUGCUGCUUGCCGUGUCCGCGAUGGUGUACACCACUCUGGGCUGA